AUGCGUGCUACUGAAAGGACUCUCGCUAUUGUAAUUGCUGUCGCCGGCCUUCUUGUUGCGACAAAUCAAAUCGUAUACGCUCAAAAUGCAAACUGCCCUGCUCAAACAGUCUUUAAUCAAUGUAAACAAAACGAGGACAAUUAUCUUCGCACAUGUAAGCAAGAUGAGUAUGCUUGCUUGUGCAAGUGGCAGAAAGCCAAGGUGUCAUGCUGGGAUACUUGCCCUGAAGACAGCGAGAAAGAAACACAAAAGACGCUCAUGAUGACUUAUUGCUCACAACCCGGUGCCAACGUAACUACGUUGGCGAGCAGCGUGUCAUCCAUGUCAUCCAAAACGCUUUCGCCCAUUCCAAGCAGCAGUAGCGGCAGCAACAGUGCCUCGGUAACACCAACACCCGAUACCAACACAAGUGCAGCAUGGUCGAUGAAGAUGCUUCGCCAUGAUCAAUCGAUCGGGUUGCUUGUCCUUGUAUUAAUCAUGACAUCCAUGGUCAUGUAA